CAUCAUCCCCAUGUCUAUAAAAUAAUGUUAAAAAAUAAUAAAAAUUCGCUUUGAAUUUUUUUGUUUGUUUUAUUUUCCAAUUCUUUUCACGUUCUCUGGUGCUCCAAACACUGGAAGAUGACUUAUAAUAUAACUCUCUAGACAUUCCAACCAUCUUCAACAAUGCUCAAUUCAACUUUCACAUUAUUCACAAACACAAUCCACUUUAAUUGACAUCCAACCCAUAAUAACCAAUUCAAAACGAAUUUGUAAUUAUUUUAACUGAACUUUUCUAAAUUUUAUUAAUUUGAAAAUUUUUUUCAUCUAUUUUACUGUUUUUCUGUUAAGAAUUUGUUCCCUGUUUUCAUUCAUUUCACUUUUCCCCUUUUAUCCCUAAUUUCCUUAGUUGGGAUUAAUUUUACAUUAUUCAGGGUUGGUUUAUUAUAGAAUAGUGUAUAAUACAUUGUAUACCAAGGGAUAGAUUUUCUAUUUUAAGGAUUGUUUUAUCUAAUUGUGGAGAUUUUAAGUACUUAUUUUUGGUAAAAACUGAUAUCAAACCCCAAAGGAAUAUUCUAAAUAAAAGAUUAUUUUGAGUGAAAAGCAUAAAGUCGUUACAUUAAAGUUUGGAGAAGAGCCCCUGGGUCAGUAAUGGACAAGCGUGUAUCAUAUUUUUAUGACCCUGAUGUGGGCAGUUUUUAUUACGGCCCUGGCCACCCUAUGAAACCUCAGCGAAUUAGGAUGGCCCACGCGUUGGUGCUGAGUUAUGAUCUAUACAGGCAUAUGGAGAUUUUCAGACCGCACAAGGCAGUAGAGCCCGAGCUUCUGUCCUUCCAUGACUCGGAAUACGUUCACUUUCUAUCUGGCGUGAGCCCCGAGAAUUACCGCGACUUCACCUACCAACUUAAGAGGUUCAAUGUGGGUGAGGCUACAGACUGCCCUGUUUUCGACGGGCUAUACGUAUUCCAGCAGUCGUGUUCUGGAGCGUCGAUUGAUGCAGCCCAUAGGCUGAACAACCAGCAAGCAGAUAUUUGCGUUAAUUGGUCCGGCGGACUCCAUCACGCUAAGCGUUCUGAGGCCUCUGGUUUCUGCUACCUUAACGAUAUCGUUUUGGGGAUCCUGGAACUCCUGAAAUACCACGCCAGGGUAAUGUACAUUGAUAUAGACGUUCAUCACGGGGAUGGAGUUGAGGAGGCUUUUUAUGUUACUCACCGUGUGAUGACAAUAAGUUUUCACAAGUUCGGGAACUUCUUUCCUGGUACCGGCGAUGUCACUGAUGUUGGUGUAUCCUCCGGUAAAUACUACUCUGUAAACGUGCCGCUAAAUGACGGAAUAGAUGACGAAUCUUUCGUGGACCUUUUCAAAGUUGUGGUUGGGAAGUGCGUGGAGGUAUACUGUCCAGGUGCUAUAGUAUUACAGUGUGGAGCAGACUCGCUCACUGGUGACCGUUUGGGUCGGUUUAACCUAACCAUAAAGGGCCAUGCAGCCUGUGUACAAUAUGUUAGAUCUCUCAAUAUUCCCCUUUUAGUGUUAGGAGGUGGUGGAUAUACAAUUCGAAAUGUUGCUCGAUGCUGGGCAUACGAAACCGGAGUUAUACUCAACAAACACACAGAUAUGUCAAAUCAAAUUUCACUGAACGAUUACUAUGAUUAUUAUGCGCCUGACUUCCAACUCCAUCUCACUCCCUCUCAGAUGACCAAUUAUAAUACCAAGGAGCACCUGGAUAAGAUUAAGGUAAAGAUUCUGGAUAAUUUAAGGUAUGUGGAGAAGUCUCCAGGUGUUCAAUUCGCACACGUACCACCAGACUUCCUAACUAGGGACGACGACGUCGAUGACGAUUUACAGAAACAGGUGUUUGAUGAGGGUGGAGGGAGAACCAGUUUGUCAACAAGGAAACGCAUAUCGUUAAUCACUUCAAGUCAUAAACUUAGAAGAAGGGAUUAUAAGGGCGAAUUGUACGACUUACCAGACAGGGAUGACCAGAUUCCAAUAUAAAUCAUUUUUCAACUGAUACCGCCAAUCAAUCUUCUACUAAAUAUUCACUAUGUCGUACAAUUUCUAUAAUUUAGAAUUUUAUAAUUUAUCAGAAUUACAUUGUUGUGUAGAACAAUACUGGUUAACAUGUGAUAAUGGUAAAUUAGUGUUUAAGGUAAUUAGUGACAGUGUGGAUUCUGAUAAUUUAUGACUAAACUAUAUGAUAACAGUAGAAUAUAAUAAGAUAACUAUAAAUAAGUAUAAAUAACUAUAAAUAAUGAAAAUGUGUGGAUUAGUUAAUAUUAAUGGAAUCGCAAGAUCAUUGGUCCAAGAAAAUUGGUGCUUCCAGAUCAAAUAGGAUGCAACCAAUUGUAAAAUAAGUAUCUGAGGAGUAAAAUUAAAGGAAAUUGAGAGUAAAAUACUCAAUAACCAUGAAUAAUUAAACUGUUGAUCAAUUACAAGCCACACAAUAAUACAAUAAGAUGUAGGGAGUGAAACAUUAA